AUGAGGGGCCGGCGGGGCAGGCCGCCCAAGCAGCCCGCGGCUCCCGCUGCGGAGCGCUGCGCCCCGGCCCCGCCGCCGCCGCCGCCGCCGCCCACGUCCGGACCCAUCGGGGGGCUCCGCUCGCGGCACCGCGGCAGCAGCCGGGGCAGGUGGGCCGCCGCCCAGGCUGAGGUGGCGCCCAAGACGCGGCUGAGCUCGCCCAGGGGGGGCAGCAGUAGCCGGAGGAAGCCGCCGCCGCCGCCGGCCCCCCCUAGCACCAGCGCCCCGGGCCGGGGGGGGCGAGGAGGCGGGGGCGGCAGGACGGGGGGCGGGGGCGGCGGCGGCCACCUGGCCCGGACCACCCCGGCCCGGAGGGCCGUCAACAAAGUGGUGUACGAUGACCACGAGAGCGAGGAGGAGGAGGAGGAGGAGGACAUGGUCUCCGAGGAGGAGGAGGAGGAGGAGGACGGCGAGGCUGAGGAGACCCAGGAUUCCGAGGACGACGAGGAGGAUGAGAUGGAAGAGGACGACGAUGACUCCGAUUAUCCGGAGGAGAUGGAAGACGACGACGACGACGACGCCAGUUAUUGCACGGAAAGCAGCUUCAGGAGCCAUAGCACCUAUAGCAGCACUCCAGGUAGGCGAAAACCAAGAGUACAUCGGCCUCGUUCUCCAAUAUUGGAAGAAAAAGACAUCCCACCCCUUGAAUUUCCCAAGUCCUCUGAGGAUUUAAUGGUGCCUAACGAGCAUAUAAUGAAUGUUAUUGCCAUUUAUGAGGUACUGCGGAACUUUGGUACAGUUUUAAGGUUAUCUCCUUUUCGCUUUGAGGACUUUUGUGCAGCUCUGGUGAGUCAAGAGCAGUGCACACUUAUGGCGGAGAUGCACGUCGUGCUUUUGAAAGCAGUUUUGCGUGAAGAAGACACUUCCAAUACUACCUUUGGACCUGCCGAUCUGAAAGAUAGCGUGAAUUCCACGCUGUAUUUCAUCGAUGGCAUGACGUGGCCAGAGGUGCUGCGGGUGUACUGUGAGAGUGACAAGGAGUACCAUCAUGUUCUUCCUUACCAAGAAGCAGAGGACUAUCCUUAUGGACCAGUAGAGAACAAAAUCAAAGUUCUGCAGUUCUUAGUCGAUCAGUUUCUUACCACAAACAUUGCUCGUGAGGAGUUGAUGUCUGAAGGGGUGAUCCAGUACGAUGACCACUGUAGGGUUUGUCACAAACUCGGGGAUUUGCUUUGCUGUGAGACCUGCUCAGCAGUGUACCAUUUGGAAUGUGUGAAGCCGCCUCUCGAGGAGGUGCCAGAGGAUGAGUGGCAGUGUGAAGUCUGUGUAGCACAUAAGGUUCCUGGUGUGACUGACUGCGUUGCUGAAAUCCAAAAAAACAAACCAUAUAUUCGACAUGAACCUAUUGGAUAUGACAGAAGUCGGAGGAAAUACUGGUUCUUAAACCGAAGACUCAUAAUAGAAGAAGAUACAGAAAAUGAAAAUGAAAAGAAAAUUUGGUACUACAGCACAAAGGUCCAGCUUGCAGAAUUAAUUGACUGUCUAGACAAAGAUUACUGGGAAGCAGAACUCUGCAAAAUUCUAGAAGAAAUGCGUGAAGAAAUCCACCGGCACAUGGACAUAACUGAAGACCUGACCAAUAAGGCUCGGGGCAGUAAUAAAUCCUUUCUGGCGGCAGCUAAUGAAGAAAUUUUGGAAUCUAUAAGAGCCAAAAAAGGAGACAUUGAUAUUGUUAAAAGUCCAGAAGAAAUAGAAAAGGAGAAGAAUGAGACUGAGAAUAAUAACUCCAAAGAUGCUGAGAAAAGCAGAGAGGAGUUUGAAGACCAGAGUCUUGAAAAAGACAGUGAUGACAAAACGCCAGAUGACCUCGAUCCUGAGCAAGGAAAAACUGAGGAGCCAACAGAAGUUGGGGAUAAAGGUAACUCUGUGUCAGCAAAUCUUGGCGACAACACAGCAAAUGCUUCUUCAGAAGAGACUAGUCCCUCUGAGGAAGGGAGGAGUCCCGUGGGGUGUCUCUCAGAAACCCAUGAUAGCAGCAACAUGGCAGAGAAGAAGGUGGCAUCUGAGCUCCCCCAGGAUGUGCCAGAAGAACCUAACAAGACAUGUGACAGCAGUAACACUAGUGCUACCACUACCUCCACCCAGCCUAAUCUGGAAAACAGUAACAGCAGCAGUGAACUAAAUUCUUCCCAGAGUGAAUCUGCUAAGGCAGCUGAUGAUCCUGAAAAUGGAGAAAGAGAAUCUCAUACACCUGUCUCUAUUCAAGAAGAGAUAGGUGAUUUCAAAUCAGAGAAGUCUAAUGGGGAAAUAAGUGAGUCUCCUGGAGGUGGAAGAGGAGCGUCUGGUUCAACUCGGAUUAUCACCAGGUUACGGAAUCCAGACAGCAAACUGAGUCAGCUGAAGAGCCAACAGGUGGCAGCCGCAGCCCACGAAGCAAAUAAAUUAUUUAAGGAGGGGAAAGAGGUACUGGUAGUUAAUUCUCAAGGAGAAAUUUCACGGUUGAGCACCAAAAAGGAAGUGGUCAUGAAGGGAAAUAUCAACAAUUAUUUUAAGUUGGGUCAAGAGGGGAAGUAUCGCGUCUACCACAAUCAGUACUCCACCAAUUCAUUUGCUUUGAAUAAGCACCAGCACAGAGAAGACCAUGAUAAGAGGAGGCAUCUUGCACAUAAAUUCUGUCUGACUCCAGCUGGAGAGUUCAAAUGGAAUGGUUCUGUCCAUGGAUCCAAAGUUCUUACCAUAUCUACUCUGAGACUGACUAUCACCCAGUUGGAAAACAAUAUCCCUUCCUCCUUUCUUCAUCCCAACUGGGCUUCACACAGGGCAAAUUGGAUCAAGGCCGUUCAGAUGUGUAGCAAACCCAGAGAAUUUGCAUUGGCUUUAGCUAUCUUGGAGUGUGCAGUUAAACCAGUUGUGAUGCUGCCAAUCUGGCGGGAAUCUUUAGGACAUACCAGGUUACAUAGAAUGACAUCAAUUGAAAGAGAAGAAAAGGAGAAAGUCAAAAAAAAAGAGAAAAAACAAGAAGAGGAAGAAACAAUGCAACAAGCUACAUGGGUAAAAUAUACGUUUCCAGUUAAACAUCAGGUUUGGAAACAAAAAGGAGAGGAAUACAGAGUAACAGGAUAUGGUGGUUGGAGCUGGAUUAGUAAAACUCAUGUUUAUAGGUUUGUUCCUAAAUUGCCAGGCAAUACUAAUGUGAAUUACAGAAAGUCAUUAGAAGAAACUAAAAAUGAUAUGGAUGAAAAUAUGGAUGAAUCAGAUAGAAGAAAAAGUCCACGAAGUCCAAAAAAAAUAAAAACAGAGUCUGAUUCUGAGAAAGGCGAGGUAAAAGAUUCAGAUGCUACAAAAGGAGCAGACCAAAGUGAAAUGGACAUUUCAAAGGUUACUGAGAAGAAGGGCCAAGAUGUAAAAGAAGUUUUAGACUCUGACAAUGAUAAAUCCUUUAAGGAAGAACCGAUGGAAAUAGAUGAUGAUGUGAAAAUAGAGUCACAUAUAAAUUGUCAGGAAAGUUCUCAAGUAGAUGUGGUCAAUGUCAGUGAGGGUUUUCAUCUAAGGACUAGUUAUAAAAAGAAAAUCAAAUCAUCCAAACUAGAUGGACUUCUUGAAAGGAGAAUUAAACAGUUUACACUGGAAGAAAAACAACGCCACGAGAAAAUGAAGUUGGAGGGUGGAAUUAAGGGUAUAGGAAAGACCUCCACAAGUUCUUCGAAAAGUCUGUCUGAAUCACCUGUAAUAACAAAAGUAAAAGAAGGGUGUCAAAGUGACUUUCUUGCACAAGAACAGAGCUCUAAUGCAAGUAACGAUAAAUCUGAAGACUUGAUUCGGGGAUGUUCACAAAAUGAUUCCUCAAUUCUUGGAAUCAGUGAUUCUGAUCAUACAACAAACAAACUUUAUUCAAAAGAUCAAAUGCUAGAUGAUGCCUCCAUUCAGAGCGCAGAGACAAACUGUCAGAAACAAAAUUCUGUUCGAAAUGACGUAGAUGAGAGUCUCUCUGACCCUGCCAGUAAAGGCCAGGAACCCAGUAAGAUUAAAACAAAAGGAAGUGAUUUUCUCAUUGAUGACGCUAAACUAGCCAGUGCAGAUGAAAUUGGUACUUUGAUCUAUAAGAACAAAAAACCACUCAUACAGGAAGAUAAUGACACCAUUGUGUCUCCUUCCCAGAGCCCUUUACUUCCAUCAGUACCUAAAAGUACUGAUGAUAGAGAUAUCCCAUCUCUGUCAAAAGCAAUAGACUUUGAAGGAAAAUUGGGAUGUGAUUCUGAAUAUAAUAGCACUUUGGAAAAUAGUUCUGAUACUAUGUCUAUUCAAGACAGCAGUGAAGAAGAUAUGAUUGUUCAGAAUAGCAGUGAAAGUAUUUCUGAACAGUUAAUAACUCAAGAACAAGGUAGUGAAGGCUUAGAACCAUUGAAACAUGAGUUUGUUUCAGAUAAGACUACUGGAAACUGUGACGACAGGCUGCAGGCUAAGGUAAAUGAAGCAAAUGGUAAAAAACCAAAUCAAGAUCAGAAAUUAGAGGAGAGACCACUUAAUAAAUGUAUCGAUCAAAUCAAUCUGAAAAGUGUCACUGACAAAAAGAAUAAUGAAAACCGAGAGUCUGAAAAGAAAGGACAGAAAGCAAGUACCUUUCAAAUAAAUGGAAAAGAUAAUAAACCUAAAGUAUAUUUGAAAGGUGAAUGCUUGAAAGACAUUUCUGAGAGUAAAGUAGGAAGUUGUGACGUUGAACCAAAGGUUAAUAAUAUAAAUAAAAUAAUUCCUGAAAAUGAUAUUAAGUCUUUGACUGUUAAAGAAUCUGCUGUAAAGCCAUUCAUGAAUGGUGAUGUCAUCAUGGAAGAUUUUAAUGAAAAAAACAACUUGGAAACAAAAUCAUGUUUACUGAGGUCUUCGGAUACUGAAGGCGACUACCAAGAUCGCCUAGAGACCCUGCCAUCAACCAAAGAGUCUGAGGGUACCCAAGCUACCAUGCCUCUGCCAUCUUGUCCAGAAAGCAGUUCAGCCAAUCAGGUAGAAGAUAUGGAAAUUGACACCUGCGAAGUUAAGAAAGUUACUUCGUCUCCUGUUACUUCUGGAGAGGAGUCUCACUUCAGUAAUGAUUUUAUUGAUGAAAAUGGCCCGCCCACCAACAAAGAUGAAAAUGUCAAUGGAGAAUCUAAAAGAAAAACAGUCAUCACAGAAGUCACCACCAUGACGUCCACAGUGGCCACAGAAUCAAAAACCGUAAUUAAGGUAGCAAAAGUUGAUAAGCAGACUGUGGUCUCUUCCACAGAAAAUUGUGCCAAGUCCACUGUCACAACCACCACUACAACGGUAACAAAGCUUUCCACACCCUCCACAGGCAGCAGUGUGGACAUAAUCUCUGUGAAGGAGCAGAGCAAAACUGUGGUCACCACGACAGUGACAGACUCACUGACCACCGCAGGAGGCACUCUGGUAACAUCUAUGACCGUGAGCAAAGAAUAUUCCACAAGAGACAAAGUGAAACUCAUGAAGUUUUCAAGACCCAAGAAGACUCGUUCAGGUACAGCUCUGCCAUCGUACAGAAAGUUUAUCACCAAGAGCAGCAAGAAGAGCAUAUUUGUUUUGCCCAAUGAUGACCUAAAAAAAUUGGCCAGAAAAGGAGGAAUCCGAGAAGUCCCUUAUUUUAAUUACAAUGCAAAACCUGCCUUGGAUAUAUGGCCAUAUCCUUCUCCUAGACCAACCUUUGGUAUCACUUGGAGGUAUAGACUUCAGACUGUGAAGUCCUUAGCUGGAGUGAGUCUUAUGUUGCGGUUACUGUGGGCAAGUCUGAGAUGGGAUGACAUGGCAGCCAAGGCUCCUCCAGGAGGAGGGACUACACGGACGGAAACAUCUGAAACUGAAAUCACAACAACAGAAAUAAUUAAGAGGCGAGAUGUUGGUCCUUAUGGCAUUCGAUCUGAAUACUGUAUCAGGAAAAUCAUCUGCCCCAUUGGAGUUCCAGAAGCACCAAAAGAAACACCUACGCCUCAGAGGAAAGGCCUUCGAUCGAGUGCACUGCGGCCAAAGAGACCAGAAACGCCCAAGCAAACUGGCCCUGUUAUUAUUGAAACCUGGGUAGCAGAGGAAGAGUUGGAAUUAUGGGAGAUCAGGGCGUUUGCUGAGAGAGUGGAGAAAGAAAAGGCACAAGCAGUUGAGCAACAGGCUAAGAAACGAUUGGAACAGCAGAAGCCUACAGUAAUUGCAGCUUCCACUACUUCCCCAACAAACAGUACAACUAGUACCAUCUCUCCAGCACAGAAAGUUAUGGUGGCCCCCAUAAGUGGCUCAGUUACAGCUGGCACUAAAAUGGUACUAACUACUAAAGUUGGAUCUCCAGCUACAGUAACAUUCCAGCAGAACAAGAACUUUCAUCAGACCUUUGCUACCUGGGUUAAGCAAGGCCAGUCAAAUUCAGCCACCAGCACAGCUGCCACAUCUGCUACAACCAUUGCCAGCACAGGUCAGACGUUCCAAAUUACAGGCAAUCCAGUCACUAUGGCAGGAAAAGUAAUUACCAAACUGCCACUUCCUGCAAACAGCAAGAUUGUCGCUGUAAAUGUGCCAGCAACGCAAGGAGGCGUUGUUCAAGUACAGCAGAAAGUCCUGGGUAUCAUUCCAUCCAGUACAGGUACAAGUCAGCAAACCUUUACUUCAUUCCAGCCCAGGACAGCAACAGUCACGAUUAGGCCCAAUACCUCAAGCUCUGGAGGAACUACAAGCACUUCCCAAGUACUCACAGGGCCUCAGAUCCGCCCUGGUAUGACGGUGAUUAGAACACCACUCCAACAGUCAACACUAGGAAAGGCAAUUAUUCGAACACCUGUGAUGGUACAGCCAGGUACUCCUCAACAGGUGGUGACGCAGAUCAUCAGAGGGCAGCCUGUUUCCACUGCGAUCUCUGCCCCUAGUACAGUUUCCUCAACACCUGCACAGAAAGGAUUAACUUCAGGAGCACCCACUGCAAGUCUACAGUCUUCAACCUCACAGCCCCCUCGCCCCCAGCAAGGACAGGUGAAGCUUACCAUGGCUCAACUCACCCAGUUAACACAGGGCCACGGUGGCAAUCAAGGUUUGACAGUAGUGAUUCAAGGACAAGGCCAAACUACUGGACAAUUGCAGUUGAUACCUCAAGGGGUGACUAUACUUCCCGGUCCAGGACAGCAGCUGAUGCAAGCCGCAAUGCCAAACGGUACCGUACAGCGGUUCCUCUUCACCCCACUGGCAACAACGGCCACGGCAACCAGCACCACCACCACCACUGUUUCCACUACAGCAGCAGGUACAAGUGAACAAAGACAGAGUAAAUUAUCGCCCCUGACACAGGUGCAGCCAGCCAAGAGCCUGUCUCCAGCUCAGCCGUCGAGCGUGAGUCCUGCAGAAGCCCAGCCUCAGACUGCUCAGCCCCCACAGCCUUCAGCUCAGCCCCAGCCCCCAACCCAACCCCCGUCCCCAGCUCAGCCUGAAGCCCAGACCCAAGCAACUGCUGCCUCCCACGUCCCUCCUGAAGCACAGCCCACCCAAGCACAGUCCUCCAAACCCCAAGGUGCAGGACAGUGUCAGCCUCAGAGUAAUGUCCAAGGACAGUCUCCUGCUCGCGUCCAGAGUCCGCCACAGACUCGAAUGCAUCCAUCAGCUCCAUCCCAAGUGUCUCCUGGACAGCAGUCCCAGGGUCAGACUACAGCCUCACAGCCGAUUCCAAUUCAGCCACACACAUCUCUUCAGCCACCUUCCCAGGGCCAGCCACAGUCACAACCCCAGGUACAGUCUUCAACUCAAACUCUUUCAUCAGGACAAACGUUAAGCCAAGUUACUGUUUCGUCCCCGUCCCGCCCUCCGCUCCAAGUACAGCAGCCUCAGCCCCAAGUCCUGGCUGUGCCGCAGCUGCAACAAGUCCAGGUUCUCUCCCAGAUCCAGUCGCAGGUUGUGGCUCAGAUACAGGCUCAGCAAGGUGGUGUGCCCCAGCAGAUCAAACUCCAGUUACCCGUUCACAUGCAGCAAAGCAGCCCUGUGCAGACGCACCAGACCCCGAAUGUGGUCACAGUACAGGCAGCCAGUGUGCAAGAGCAGUUGCAAAGGGUUCAGCAACUCAGGGACCAGCAGCAAAAGAAGAAGCAGCAGCAGAUAGAGAUUAAGCGGGAACACACCCUCCAAGCUUCUAAUCAAAGUGAAAUCAUUCAGAAACAGGUGGUGAUGAAGCAUAAUGCUGUAAUAGAACAUUUAAAACAGAAAAAGACCAUGACUCCAGCUGAAAGAGAAGAGAAUCAAAGAAUGAUUGUCUGUAACCAGGUGAUGAAGUAUAUUUUGGAUAAGAUAGAUAAAGAAGAAAAACAGGCAGCAAAAAAACGGAAGCGAGAGGAGAGCGUGGAACAGAAACGUAGCAAACAGAACGCCAGCAAGCUCUCUGCACUGCUGUUCAAGCACAAAGAGCAGCUCAAAGCCGAAAUACUGAAAAAGAGAGCGCUGCUGGACAAAGAUCUACAAAUUGAAGUGCAGGAAGAGCUCAAGAGGGACCUGAAAAUUAAGAAGGAAAAAGACAUGGUGCAGGCCACAGCUGUUGCUGCCACCUCCCCCGCCGCACCACCGGCACCUCCAGCCCCUCCGCCUUCCCCGCCACCUCCGCCCCCGCCGCAGCACUCGGGCCCCCUAGCCACGGCCACGGCCACGGCCACGCUGCCUGUGGCUUCCCAGAAGAGGAAGCGAGAAGAGGAAAGAGACUCAAGCUCCAAGUCGAAGAAGAAGAAAAUGAUCUCUACUACCUCAAAGGAAACGAAGAAGGACACAAAGCUUUACUGUAUUUGUAAAACGCCUUACGAUGAAUCUAAGUUCUAUAUUGGCUGUGAUCUUUGUACUAACUGGUAUCAUGGAGAAUGUGUUGGCAUCACAGAAAAGGAGGCUAAGAAAAUGGAUGUGUACAUCUGUAAUGAUUGUAAACGGGCACAAGAGGGCAACAGUGAGGAAUUGUACUGUAUCUGCAGAACACCUUAUGAUGAGUCACAAUUUUAUAUUGGCUGUGAUCGGUGUCAGAAUUGGUACCACGGGCGCUGCGUUGGCAUCUUGCAAAGUGAGGCAGAACUCAUUGACGAGUAUGUCUGUCCACAGUGCCAGUCAACAGAGGAUGCCAUGACAGUGCUCACGCCGCUAACAGAGAAAGAUUAUGAGGGUUUGAAGAGGGUGCUGCGUUCUUUACAGGCCCAUAAGAUGGCCUGGCCUUUCCUUGAACCAGUGGAUCCUAAUGAUGCACCAGAUUAUUACGGUGUUAUUAAGGAACCUAUGGACCUUGCCACCAUGGAAGAAAGAGUACAAAGAAGAUAUUAUGAAAAGCUGACGGAAUUUGUAGCAGAUAUGACCAAAAUUUUUGAUAAUUGUCGUUACUACAAUCCAAGUGACUCCCCUUUUUACCAGUGUGCAGAAGUUCUUGAAUCAUUCUUUGUACAGAAAUUGAAAGGAUUCAAGGCUAGCAGGUCUCAUAACAACAAACUGCAGUCUACAGCUUCUUAAAGUUCAGCGUGUUAACCUAACAUAAAACACGGCAAGAAUCUGGUUGUCUGAACUGUUUUAAAUUAAGGAGCCAGAUGUUUUUAGUCAGGUUAUCCUGACAAGACUUGACCUAAACUUCGUUUUUAUUGGUCAUAACAGUCCAAUUAUAUUCUUGGCCAAUUUUGUCCAACGGACAAGGGAAAAGCAAAGUCAACGACACCAUUAUCUUGUCAAGAUCAAAUGGUUUUACUAUUGUGGCAGAAGCGGGAAAACUUUGUUUAUUGAAGAAAAAAAAAAAAGAAAGAAAAAAUGAUAAUAUGGGGUCAAGUGUAACUCCAUGGAAAUGCCACGUCUGCUCUUCAGUGAAGAAGCUGGUUUAGAGUCUCACAGAAAACUUUCGACUGUAUUUAUUUAUUGUUGCAAAAAAGACGCUUUUUUAUUGCUGCCCUCAUUUGUCAGCUAAUUAUUUUUUCUUAUAAAAUCCAGCCCCGGUUACAUGUAAUCCAUUCUGUAUCUUAUCAUGAUUCCUGUAGGUAAAAGUACAAGACGACCUCUAGAUGUCUUUUCUUUCUAUGAAAGGAGCUGCUAUGUACACAUGUGCACACACACACAACUGGGAAUCAACAAUGAGUUUAUUGUUCAUAGUAGAUAAAAAUUAAGCUUGCAUAAAGGUUGGGCUAAGUGGUCCUGGACUACAGACUCUGUUGCCUUGAAUAUAACAGUACAAUUUGUCAUUUACUCUGCACCAGGUUAAAAUGAGUAAAAUCUAUUUGAAGGUAUCUUGUUUGUAAACAUUUGUCAGAUUCUAAUUUUUUUCUUUUUGUAUUAAAAUUCAAC